AUGAUGAUGAUGAUGAUGAUGAUGGAGGAGGAGGACGAGGAAGGGGAGGAGGAGGAGGAGGAGGAGGGGUGGCCGCGGCGCACCGAGGUUGAGCGGGAGGGCGAGGGCGCGGAGCAGGGGCGCAGCGACAGAGCGGGCGGGGAGGAGGAUCAAGUGGGUUCGGAGGCGGAGGGCGGCGCAGGCCCUGCCAGCCAGGCGGCGGCCUCGCCUGGCGGCGCCCAAGUCGAAUACUGCGGCGCGCCGCGCAUGCCUGCCAUGCGCCGCCGCAAGCUGAUCCAGCAGCCGGACGCCACCGUCGAGCAGCUGAAGCGGCAGCUUCUCGUCGGGGUCGGCCACCAGCUCACGCAGCGGUGCGGCCGGCGGGCGACGAUCGCGCACCCGCUGACGAGGGGCGGCGAGCCGCGGACCUUUGUCGAGACCGGCACCUACUCUGUUGCCCUCGAGGUCGCCUCUGGGCUACUGCCCGGCAUGCAGCUCGUGCCGCGCGGCCUGGAGCUGCGGGUGCGUGCGCGCCUCGUCGCGCACGACGCCGCGGCGCGUGCGGCGCUGGGCGGCGCCGACUCCCUGCUGGGUGACCUUGUCAUCAAGGGGUCGAAACACGACAAGCCCAACCCCUACAACUUCUACAGCUUUGACGGCGGCAUCACCAGGGCCGCCCGCAACAGCCUACUGCACGCCGGCUGCCUCCAGGCGGCGGCGUUCUGGCAGCUUGAGGCGGUGGGGACCGGCGAGGAGCCCGUGCUGCAAGUGCUCAUCACGGGGCCGCAGCAGGCGCCGGCAGCAGCAGCAGGCAGCGGCGCCCGCACGCCUGCGCCCGCGCCGGUGCGGCCGGGCGGGGAUGAUACUCUUGGGACCACGCCCACGCCGGCUUGGGCGAUGCCAGAUGAGCCGGCCGGGACCGCGGCGAAGCGGUCGUCUGCGAGCGCGAGCGCCCAGCGCGGCGGCAACAAGCGCGGCCGGGGGCUGGGGGGCGGCUUCGGCAGCGGCGGCGAGGCGGGAGGAGGCGCGUGGGCGAUUGGGAGUGAUGAUGAUGGUAGCAGCGCGGACGACGAAAGCGACGAUUACCGCCGCGGCGGCAGCAAAAGGCGGAACCAGGGCGGACCGGCGCGCGGCCAGGCAAACGGCGGCGCGGCGCGCCAGCAGCAGGACAAGCGGGCCGCGGGCGAGGAGCUGGAGCAGCAGUUGCGGCGCGCGCUGACUGGGCGGCCGAUGGCGCCGCAGCCGCUGUCGCCGGACGGCGCGCCGCGGGGCAUCACUGCGCAGGGCAAGUACUCUCUGGCGUCCAGCGUCGCAGCUCGCCUGCUCCCGACCCUGCAUCUGCCGCUGCCGUGGGUGGAAGCUGGGAGGACGCCACAGAUCCACGCCGCCGCCAGCCUGGUCGCCGCAGACGCCGCCGCGCGCUCCGCGCUCGGCUGCAGCAGCGUGGCUGGCCGCUGCGUGGUCGAGGGCGCCGUCGGCGGCUCCCACGAGCGGCGCCACUACACGCAGCACGUCAAGUUCACGGGCGCGCUGCUGCAGCGCCUGGCCGGGCUGGGGGCCGUGGGCUGCCGGCUGGAGGCCGCGGCGUGGCGGUUGGGCCCAGGAGACGAGCUGAUGCUGGAGGUGACCGUGAUUGGCCCCGCUGCGCAGCAGGACCCUGGCAGCGCAGGGGUAGCCAGUGCCGGCCCUCGCACCCCGAGCGCGGCGCCCGCGCCUGGGCGCGGGUCCGAGAAGGCGACGAGGCGCCCGCGCGGCAGCGAGGGCGCAGGACCUGCGGCGCCAGCCGGCGGCGCCGACGGUGGCGGGGCGCGCGGGGGACGCGACCAGGCAGCUGGGGCGGCGGCGGCGGCAGCGGCGGCGGGGUCGCCGGCGGCGGAGGGUGGCGCGGUCCGUGGGGGCGGGGGCGGCGGCGGGCCUGCUGGCGGCGCUGACUUUUCACCUGCCAGGGACGCCCCUAAAGUCUCUACGAUGGCCGAGAUGUGCUUUGCGGCAGUUGAGCUGGCGGGGAAGGUGCUGCCCGAUGACGAAGGGCUGGCGAACGGCCUGAUGGCCGCGUUUGAGCUGGCCAAUGACGCCGUGUUGGACGGGAAGAUCCAGGACGCGUCAGUGCUGAAGUGGUGGCCGCCCAUCAGGAUGACAAGGACUGCGGACGGCGCGGCAAAGGCCCUGAGGACGCUGCAGGCGAAGCUGGAGGAGCUGGCGCAGUCGGCGCUGCAGCGCUAG